AUUUUUAUUUCUACUUCUAUUUAAUAGAUUCACUGUUUCUAUCUAUGUAUGUGUUGAUACUGAAUUACUACAUUUAAUAUAUUGUCAUUAAUAAUUAAUUUAUUUACUGUAAGUUAGCAAGUGACCUCACUGCACCAAAAAAACAAAAAGAAAAUAAUGUUGCCAGAAAGAAAGAAAAUAAAAUGGCAGUGUUUCAGUGACCACUGACCAGUUAUAAAUUCAUUGUCAGUAACUCAAAUCUCACCUUCACACCGCUUGUAUUAUACCCAUUCUCUGGAAUUUUUAUAGCAGUUAUUUUGUUUCUCUUUCUCUCUCAAGUUUGUGAGAUUGGUUUGUUGUUGUUAACUUGUUAUUGUUGCUCACCACCUGUUUGUGUUUUUGUUUGUGAAACGAAGAGUGACAAGUAACCAUACACAUAGCUGAAGAUCCAUAUCUAUCCAUCUAAUCAUUUUUAUAGCUUUAGCAAGAAGGUAGCAACACAACAAUGGUGGUGAAGAAACCACGGAUUGUGAUAAUUGGAGCAGGAAUGGCAGGUCUCACUGCUGCCAACAAGCUCUACACUGCAACAGCUUCAAAGGACUUAUUUGAGCUCUGUGUUGUUGAAGGUGGAACAAGGAUUGGUGGCAGAAUAAACACCUCAGAGUUUGGUGGUGACAGGAUUGAGAUGGGUGCUACUUGGAUCCAUGGAAUUGGGGGCAGCCCAAUUCACAAGAUUGCUCAAGAAAUCCAUUCUUUGCACUCUGACCAGCCAUGGGAGUGCAUGGAUGGGGACUCAGAAGAGCUAACCACCGUAGCUGAAGGUGGAUUCCAGUUACAACCCUCCAUUGUUGAUCCUAUCACUAAACUUUUCAAGCAUCUCAUGGACUAUUCCCAAGGGAAGAUGAAGCUUCUCACUGAGCAGGACAACACUGGCUAUUACCAUAGCCUUGCUGCUAAGGCUUUCAGCAUGUCAAAGGCCAAAAGUGGUUCUGGGGGACUUAGUGUUGGUUCUUUUCUCAGAGAGGGCCUUGAUGCUUACUGGGGUUCAGUGAUGAAGAAGGGGCAUGAUGAUUAUGAUGAUGACGAUGAUGAUGAUGAUGAUGAUGUCAAAGGGUAUUAUGGGAACUGGACAAGGAAGUUACUUGAAGAAGCAAUCUUUGCAAUGCAUGAGAACACUCAGAGGACAUACACAUCAGCUGGUAACCUUAUGAGUCUGGAUUACAGGGCUGAGAGUGAAUACAUAAUGUUCCCAGAUGAAGAAAUCACAAUUGCUAAGGGCUACUUGAGCAUAAUUGAGCACUUAGCUUCUGUGUUGCCACCAGGCCUAAUUCAGCUAGGUAGGAAAGUCACUAAGAUUGAGUGGCAGCCACAGAACCAGAACCAGAACCAGAGGGACAUUGAUGAAGGAGAGAGAAAGGUUUGUGUGGAGAAUGGUGGUUCUUGUUGUUCUUGUUCUAGGCCUGUGAAGCUACAUUUCAGUGAUGGUUCUUCUAUUUCUGCUGAUCAUGUCAUUGUCACUGUUUCACUCGGGGUGCUAAAAGCUGCUAUCCGUGAUCAUGAUAAAGGUGAUUCAGAUUCAGGUAUGUUCUGUCCUCCUCUUCCACCAUCAAAGGCUGAGGCAAUUUCAAGACUUGGUUUUGGCGUUGUUAACAAGUUGUUUAUGCAAUUGAGUCCAACACAACAAACACAAACACAACACCAUGUUAACCACAAAGGGUUCCCUUUCUUGCAAAUGGCUUUCCAUUCACCUCACUCUGAGAUGAGGCACAAGAAAAUACCAUGGUGGAUGAGGAGAACAGCUACCCUUUUUCCCAUAUACAACAACUCUACGGUCCUGUUGUCUUGGUUUGCUGGGGAGGAAGCACUAGCACUUGAAUCACUCAAGGAUGAAGAGAUCAUUAAUGGGGUUUCAACUACAGUCUCAAGCCUCCUAUCACAUUCCCAGUGGCAGAAAGGUUCAGAUUCACAUAAAUUGUGCAAUGGGAAUGUUAAUUCUUCCGAGGAGAGAUAUCAGGAAAAUGAAGUGAGAUUCAGCAGUGUGAUGAAGAGCAAAUGGGGAACUGAUCCACUAUUCUUAGGAUCAUACAGUUAUGUUGCAGUAGGAUCAAGUGGUGAUGAUUUAGAUACAAUGGCUGAGCCAUUGCCAAAAGAUAGCAAUUGUCACCCUUCAGCCUCAUCAUACCCUCUUCAAAUUUUGUUUGCAGGGGAAGCAACUCACAGAACUCAUUAUUCUACAACUCAUGGAGCUUACUUCAGUGGCCUUAGGGAAGCCAAUAGGCUUCUUCAACAUUAUCACUGUGUUGGGAUUUAUAACAACUAGUAUUAUUAUUAUCGUUAUUAUUAUUUUUGGUUCCUUUUUUGUUUUUAUCAAAUUUUUAACAUUAAUCUCUAUGAUAUAAUUCCCAUUUUCAUCUUAAAACAUCUUUGUUUCUCUUUAAGGAAAGUAGUGAGUGAAUGAGAGAAAUCAAAAUUAGAAAGAGUAGCAAGAUGAAUAGUGAGAUGUGGACAUUUAGCUGUACUGCUUGAAGUAAUUCUUUCUCCCUCCCCCCAACCCAACCCCAAUAUUUAUUUCUCUUCA